AUGUUAAAAUUUUCCCCCUUUAAAACCAUCGAUACCUCACUCCCUUUGCAUUGGUCUUCCUCCUUUCAAUUCGCUUCAAAAUCUCUUCCAUUAACUGCUCAAAUCUCCACCUUCGCCGGUCUUACUCUCCGCCGGCGCUCUUUCACCACCAUAACCGCCGCCAUGGGUGACGAUUCCGGCAUGGACGCCGUCCAGAGACGUCUCAUGUUUGAUGAUGAAUGCAUUUUGGUUGAUGAAAAUGACAUUGUUCUUGGGCAUGAUACCAAAUACAAUUGUCACUUAAUGGAGAAGAUUGAGAAAGAUAAUUUGCUUCACAGAGCAUUCAGUGUAUUUUUAUUCAAUUCAAAAUACGAAUUACUCCUUCAGCAAAGGUCAGAAACCAAGGUGACAUUUCCUUUGGUAUGGACCAACACCUGUUGUAGCCAUCCACUAUACAGAGAAUCAGAGUUAAUUCCCGAAAAUGCCCUUGGGGUCAGAAAUGCUGCACAGAGGAAGCUUCUAGAUGAACUCGGUAUCCCUGCUGAAGAUGUUCCAGUUGAUGAGUUCACAACUUUAGGUCGCAUGUUGUACAAGGCUCCAUCUGAUGGAAAAUGGGGUGAACAUGAAGUUGAUUACCUACUCUUCCUCGUGCGUGACGUUGCCGUGAACCCAAACCCUGAUGAGGUGGCGGAUAUUAGAUACGUGAACCAAGAAGAGUUAAAAGAGUUACUAAGGAAGGCGGAUGCGGGUGAAGAGGGUUUGAAAUUGUCCCCUUGGUUUAGGCUAGUGGUGGACAACUUCUUGUUCAAAUGGUGGGAUCAUGUCCAAAAGGGGACGCUCAAUGAAGCAAUUGACAUGAAAACCAUUCAUAAGUUGGUAUAAAAAAAAGUUAAUCUCGGAUGGUUGAUAUUUAUGGUGGUUCGGAGCUAAUAAUUUGUGUGUUCAAGUCUCGGUU